GCAUGCAUUUGUUUGAACACCUGGUUAAUUCUGUUUAUCAAAUGCCAGAUAAAAUAAGAUGUAAUACCAAAAACCUGCAGAUCUCUGUUAAAGUCAUCAGAUCUUUAGCGCUUCUUAGAAGCAAUAGUAGGAGAAGUUACAGCAUGUCAGCUGAAUUAUGUUCAAAAUUUAUUUCAUAGCACUUUCUCACACAUUUCCAGAUAUUAUUUGUUUUGCCCAAAUCAAAAAAUUUCACUUUGGCUUAAUCAAAAACAGGGGGACAGAAGUUCUCCCUCUUCUCUUAAUCCAUCCCCUGAUACCUCCCAAACAAACCCAGCUGCAUUUCUAACAAUAAAGCUUUUGAACAUCACAUAGAGAUGGAUGAAACAUAGAUUUUGAGUUUGCACCAUAUUCAAACAUGCAGUCCAAGAUUCCUGAACUAAUAAUAAUUUCCUGUUGAAUUCCGUCCUUUAUUUCCAUGGCCAGCACUGUUCAUUCUCCCCUUUCGCUCUGUUUUUCCGAAUCAGUGUUCCCUGGAAAUGCCUCAUUAAAUCACAAAAGGAAGAAACACACAUCUUGUUGUAAGAAAAUGCUUAUUCACAAGAAGACAGCAAAAUAUAUCGAUUUCAAAGUUGUUUUUAUCCACUUUACACAAUUAAGCACAAUUUCAAAACAUGCAUAUGCACAAAACAAGCAUAAAGUGGAUCACAGCAGUUUAUUUGGGUGGGAAUAGAGGUGAGUGAUCUGUUAAAAAAAAUUUAAGACAGCACAGAGUGGGUUAAGGCUGUUUCAUGAAUUGUUUUUAAUGGUUCACAGGCAGUCACUCACUGCAGAGAAACUCUUUAAAGUUCUCGUUUUACUCUGAGGCUGUGACACACUGCGUCGCUCCUCUCUCUUCUUCACACACCACAACAACUUUGUUUCUCCUCACGAAAUGAUGGAUCUGAGGAUUUUACUCUUUUUCGUGACCGUACCGUGGAUAUUUUGUGAACCAGCAAGAACCAGUAAAGUGGUGCCUAAACACAAAGGGAUAUUGAAAAUAGUAGAUGAUGAAGAAUUAAUCUCAGAGAGUAGAAUUGUCAUGGAAGCCAAGAAACCAAAGAAAAAGGUCAUUGUUAACACAGACUACGAUAGUCCAGCUGAUACAGAAGAUGAAAGUCCAGGAGCAGACCAUAAAGAUGACAAGGAACUUCCUACAUGCCUGAUGUGUGUCUGUCUAACUGGAUCGGUGUACUGUGAGGAGGUUUCUCCUGACAUGACAACAGUUCCAGCACUGCCAAGGGAAACAGCUUACCUCUAUGCACGCUUCAACAAAAUAACCAAAAUUACCAACAGGGAUUUUGCAGAUAUUGCCACUCUUAGAAGAAUUGACCUGACUGGCAAUCUGAUCUCUGAAAUAGAAGAUGGAGCCUUUUCAAAACUCAACCAGCUUGAGGAACUAACACUAGCUGAGAACAAGCUGGUCAAACUGCCAAUGCUGCCGGCUAAACUUGUGUCUCUCAAUGCCAACCACAAUCUCCUUAAGACAAAGGGAGUAAAAGCAAACAUUUUCAAGAAACUCACCAGGCUGGCAUACCUGUACCUUGGAGACAAUGUGCUGGAGGCCGUCCCAUUGCUGCCAGAAAGCCUGCGUGUGGUUCAUCUGCAUAACAACAACAUAACAUCACUGACAGAUGACACAUUCUGCAAAGGAAAUAACACGCACUACAUCAGGUACAACAUGCAGGAGGUUCGACUCGAUGGAAACCCGAUAACUUUGGCCCAGCAUCCCAACAGCUUCAUCUGUCUGAGAGCUCUACCAAUUGGACACUACAAGUGAUCUGCUGAGAAGAAGAAAAUGUUCCUUAAGUCAUCAGCCAACUGUCAAGCACUGUUUGGAUGUUGGACAGCACAUUCACAAAGAUUUAACAGCAUAAUAAAUGAUUUUUGACUUUUGAUGGCAUCAAGCAUUUAGACAUUAAGAUGCAUAUACAGACAAUAACAACUUUUUUUUACAAUGUAAUCAUUUUGUUAUAUUUUACUAAUGUUUUUGCAACUAAAAAUUGCAAAAAAGACUGCAGUAAAUUCAUGAGGCAGAAUGUCUAUAAACUUAAAAUGGGAAAAACAUAUUCGCUGUUGCUGACAUCCAGUGCUGGUAAAUAAAUUCAUUUUGACAUA